AUGGUCUAUACUGGUAAGCUACAGUACUUGUGUCGUCACACUGACAUCGUUCGCGCCGUUUGCGUUACACCAGUUGGUGCGUUUCACCGACCACUUCGAUUCGAUUCAGAUUCAAAAGAAAACGAGAAGAAAAGAAAACCAAACAGCUACGGUACUGUUACAGAAACAAUGCAAACAUCCCUGGGUUGUUCGGCGAGCUCUCUGGCCUCUGUUCUUUUGUUGGCAACAGGAUUGCUCUAUGUAGUGGUACAAUUUAGGGACUCAGGUUCAAAGGCGAGUGGUGCGAUAGUGUCCAUGCCCAUGAUCGGUAUGUCUAAUAGUCGAGGUCCAUGGCCAAAGUGCGUCGGUAUGACAGGUGACAACUGCGCGGAAUAUAUCGAGACUUCAACGGAGAAUAUCCACACAACUAUCAUCCAGCCUUCAGACACAGAUCAGGGUAAAAAGUUUGAUGAGAGGAGAGUGCGCAUCUACGUCGACGACGACGAUCUUGUAUUUAUCAUUCCGCGACUGGGCUGA